AUGUCUCGGAAUCACAUAAACUUAAACGUCAAUGAUUCCGUAUCUAAUUCACAUCAGAAUUCCAUUUCAACUUCACCACAAAAUAGUAAACUAAUAUCUAACGUGGCAAUAUCACCACAAACAAAAUAUGUUUUAACAUAUAGUCAAGAAGAUAAAUCCUUUGUCGGAUGGCAUGCUAAUACAAUUUCAGAACAAUACGAUCUUCGUAUAGAUACCGAGUCAUCUAAAUGGGGCGGUAUUAGUGAUUUCAAGGUUUCCGAUAACAAGAUCAUUUUGUAUAAUUAUAAUGGUUUAGCAAAAUUUCACGAUUUGAGGAAUAAUAAAGAUUUUGAAAUUCAAGAUGAAUAUUGUGAAUACAGUCAUACACAUUUUAUUAAAAACGGGAAUAUCGUUACAUUUAAGUGCAAUAGUAGCACUUCAAUAAAUCCUUCAAUUUUAGUUUAUGAACUUACAAAUAAGAAUGAAUUUGCUCAAAAGGCUUUUUAUAUUUUCAAUGAAAAGGAUAUAAAAUUUGGCGGUUUUAUAAGCGAUAGGAUGUGGAUGAUUACAUAUGGUUUAAUUUUUCUAUUGGAUUUAACUACUUUCCAACUUCAAAAAUUUUCGCUUUUUGAAAUGAAUCUAAAUAUUGAGAAAGUUAAAUUCAAAUUCUCAGAAAAGUUAAUUAUUAUGAAAGUUGAUGAUGAGCAUUAUAUUUAUUCCAAAAACGUAGAACUCAUAAAUUUUCCAAUUGGAAGGAUUGUAGAUUCUGAAUGUCAGGAAUUCGAAUUCGCCGGCAAUAAUGAUGAAUUCAUAAUUACUUUAUCAAAUAAUAAUGUCAUUAAUAUUUAUUUUUGGAAAUCAAACCUAAAAGGUUCCAUUACAUUAAUGGAAUUACUUAAUCUUGAUGUCAUUAUUCAUACUGAAUUUAAAGAUCAAAGGCUUUUUGUUGUGUCACUUGAAAAGCUUCAUUUUUUUAAUUUAACAAAGCAUGAUUGGAGAAAUUCCAUAUUUAAAGAUCAUAUGAAUGAUUUUAAUAAUGAUAAUUUAUUUAUGGAUAUUGAUCAAAAAUAUUCUUCAAUCCAAGAUAAAAUGAAGGCUACUGAUGAGUAUUUAGAAGAAAACAUUCCUAAAAAGUUUAAAAAGACUAAAAAGACUUUACCUUCAAGAAUUGAUAAAGAGAAUAGAAAUAGCUUCUUAAUAGCGUCUAUAUUUUUUGGUUGCUUCCAUCUUUUGUUUGAAGUUCGUCAAUUUUUAUGGAAUCCUUAUAGAUGGUUACUAAAUUUUUGGAAUAUAAUUGGCGCUUAUUUAUUACCUACGUAUACAUCAAUUCUUUGGUACAAAAAUGGAGAAAAUAAUACUUACUUAGUGUCAACUUCAUGUCUUAUACUUGAAAUGAAAUUUAUACUCUUCUUACGAGCAUUUGAACCAUUUGGGAUUUAUUUUGCCAUUAUGCUUGGUAACUCAAAUUAUGCUAACUCUCUUUUAGCAAUGAGUUUAUUCCUAACCGGAGAUGGAAGUUUAUUUAAUAAAUGGUCACCUAAAGAUAAUAAAAUUAUGAUUGCUUUAAUGCUUUUAUAUUCAUUUAUAAUUGUUGUGUUCCUGAUGAACUUGUUGAUUGGAUUAUUAAAUAUGGCAAUUGAAGCAGAUAAUGAUCGGGUAACUUAUUUAGCACAAAAGGCAGAGAUUCUUAAAGAAAUAGAGUUACUAUAUUUUCUUCCGAAUCAAAAACGAUGUUGGAAAUCAUUGUUUCCUGAAUUAAUGUAA